CCUCCCUCCCUCCCUCCUUUCUCUCUUUCUCUCUCUCCGACUAAUCUGACGGCGCUGCCCCGCUGGAAACGGCUUCGCUCCGGAUAUCUUCACGGAAAACCGCCCCAACACAUCACACCUUGAGCCGGGGUCGGGGUGGAGAAGAGGAAGGAGAGACCGAGAGAGACGGAGAGAGAUUGAUACAUAUAUAUAUAUAUAUGUGUGUGUGUGUGUGAUAUAAAGCCGGGGUGAGAGUCUGUCCCUUCCUCCCUGUGUGUGUGUGAGAGGUGACGCGCUCUGUACACACACACACACAUGCCCCUGGACAAGAGGAAUUCAACAUAAUCCUCCAAAUAUCUACUCCUCUUCCUUUUUUUUUUUGGUUGGUCGCCUCUUCUGCUUCUGUCUGGGGAGCUCGAAGUUAUCAGCAGGAAAAAAAACCCUCCCAAACGGCCGGAGACACACAGAGAGAGAGACACAGACACAGACAGAGAGAGGAGCAGCGAGCCGGAGCCGAGGGACGUUUGCUGGAGGUGCCCUGCUACGGAGACAUGAAAGAGAAGAGGCUAGCUGGUCAUUGGUAGGCUGCAGCCCCUGUACUAUGGACAUCCUUCAGAUGUCUUCUCCAACUGAAGAGGUCAGUCUCUGCUGAUGUUGUCGCCACUGCCAAGCCACACAGAAGCUAACCUGAGAUCUGCGGAGCUCGGUCUGAGCAGUCGGUGAUUCCUGACGGGGACAUCUCCAAACUUUCACGCGCCUCUCUGCGCUUUUUCACUUUUGACCUUCCCCAGGACCAAAAAUAAAAAAAAUGACUAACAACGCCUCGGGCCACCACCCCGGCAACUCGGUAGCCGAGGGCAACCAUGAGGGCGAGUUCGGCUGCUCGGUGGCAGAUCUGCGAAUCCUCAUGGAGCUGCGAUCUGGAGAAGCGGUCGCCAAAAUCCACGAAACCUACGGCGAUGUACACGACAUCUGUAGAAGAUUGAAAACUUCCCCAAUAGAAGGUUUAUCCGGCAGCCCAGCGGACCUGGACAAACGGAAAUUAGUCUUCGGACAGAACUUUAUUCCUCCUAAGAAGGCAAAAACCUUUCUGCAGUUAGUGUGGGAAGCACUGCAGGACGUGACGCUAAUUAUAUUAGAGAUCGCGGCCAUUAUUUCCCUGGGCCUCUCGUUCUACCGACCUCCUGGAGGAGACAGCGAACUGUGCGGUGAAGCUGCUUGCGGGUGGGAAGAGGGCGAGGCGGACACGGGAUGGAUCGAAGGGGCCGCCAUCCUCCUCUCCGUCAUCUGCGUGGUGCUGGUGACGGCCUUCAACGACUGGAGCAAGGAGAAGCAGUUCCGUGGGCUGCAGAGCCGUAUCGAGCAGGAGCAGAAGUUCACCGUAAUCCGCAAGGGCCAGGUGAUACAGAUCCCCGUGGCCGAGAUCGUGGUGGGGGACAUCGCCCAGAUCAAGUACGGUGACCUGUUGCCUGCUGAUGGAAUCCUCAUUCAAGGCAAUGACUUAAAGAUCGACGAGAGUUCGUUGACAGGAGAGUCCGAACACGUGAAGAAAUCCCUGGUGAAAGAUCCGAUGUUACUCUCUGGAACCCACGUGAUGGAGGGGUCGGGCAGGAUUGUAGUGAGUGCUGUGGGCUUGAACUCUCAGACCGGCAUCAUCUUCACGCUGCUGGGGGCGGGCAGUGACGAAGAGGAGAAGAAAAACAAGAAGGGUAAAAAACAAGGAAAUCCAGAGAACCGCAACAAAGCUAAGGCCCAGGACGGCGUGGCGCUCGAGAUACAGCCGCUGAAGAGCGAAGAUGGCGCCGACCCGGAGGAGAAGGAGAAGAAGAAGUCGAACAUCACGAAGAAGGAGAAGUCGGUCCUGCAGGGGAAGCUCACCAAACUGGCCGUGCAGAUCGGCAAAGCAGGUUUGCUGAUGUCGGCCAUCACAGUCAUCAUCCUCGUGUUGUACUUUGUCAUCGAUACCUUUGGAAUUCAGGGCCGCCCGUGGCUGGCAGACUGCACGCCCAUCUACAUCCAGUACUUUGUCAAGUUCUUCAUCAUCGGGGUGACUGUACUGGUGGUAGCUGUCCCAGAGGGGCUGCCACUGGCCGUCACCAUCUCACUCGCUUACUCCGUAAAGAAAAUGAUGAAGGACAACAACUUGGUCAGGCACUUGGACGCAUGUGAAACAAUGGGGAACGCGACGGCCAUCUGCUCUGACAAGACGGGCACCCUCACCAUGAACAGAAUGACAGUGGUCCAGUCGUACAUCGGGGAGACUCACUACCGGCAGGUCCCAGCCCCCGAUGCCAUCUUGCCCAAGGUGUUGGAACGCCUCGUCAACGGGAUAGCCGUCAACUCUGCCUACACCACCAAAAUACUGCCCCCCGAGAAGGAAGGCGGGCGUGCGCGCCACGUGGGCAACAAGACGGAGUGCGCUCUGCUGGGCUUCGUGCUGGACCUGAAGCAGGAUUACCAAGCCGUGCGCAACGAGAUCCCGGAGGAGAAGCUCUACAAGGUGUACACCUUCAACUCCGCGCGCAAGUCCAUGAGCACGGUGCUGAAGAACGCCGACGGCACCUUCCGCAUGUACAGCAAGGGAGCGUCCGAGAUCAUCCUGCGCAAGUGCACUAAACUAGUGAACAAGAGCGGGGACGUUGUGGCGUUCAAGGCGAGAGACCGCGACGAGAUGGUGAAGAAAGUAAUCGAGCCCAUGGCUUGCGAAGGUCUACGCACCAUCUGCCUGGCCUUCAGGGACUUUGUCAAAGAGCCGGAGUGGGACAACGAGAACGAGAUUCUCAACGACCUGACAUGCCUUACGGUGGUCGGCAUCGAAGACCCAGUCAGGCCUGAGGUCCCAGAUGCUAUAACCAAGUGCCAGCGGGCUGGGAUCACAGUGCGGAUGGUGACGGGCGACAAUAUUAACACCGCGCGGGCCAUCGCCACCAAGUGCGGCAUCAUCAGCCCCGGCGAGGACUUCCUGUGUAUUGAAGGCAAGGAGUUCAACCGGCUGAUCCGCAACGAAAAGGGCGAGGUGGAGCAAGAACGUCUGGACAAGGUCUGGCCAAAUCUCCGUGUCCUCGCACGAUCGUCCCCGACUGAUAAACACACGCUGGUCAAAGGUAUUAUUGACAGCACCAUCGGCGAGAUGCGGCAGGUGGUGGCGGUGACAGGCGACGGGACGAACGAUGGACCGGCGCUGAAGAAGGCGGAUGUCGGCUUCGCCAUGGGGAUUGCAGGGACGGACGUGGCCAAAGAGGCGUCGGACAUCAUCCUGACCGACGACAACUUCAACAGUAUCGUCAAGGCCGUGAUGUGGGGGCGGAAUGUCUACGACAGCAUCUCCAAGUUCCUGCAGUUCCAGUUGACCGUCAAUGUGGUGGCUGUCAUUGUGGCCUUUACUGGUGCCUGCAUCACGCAGGAUUCCCCUCUGAAAGCGGUUCAGAUGUUGUGGGUCAACCUGAUCAUGGACACCUUUGCCUCCUUGGCCCUGGCGACAGAACCACCCACCGAGUCGCUUCUGCUGCGCAGGCCCUACGGCAGGAACAAGCCGCUCAUCUCCCGUACCAUGAUGAAGAAUAUCCUCGGCCAUGGGGUCUACCAGCUCACCAUCAUCUUCACCCUCCUCUUUGCUGGCGAGAAGAUUUUCGACAUUGACAAUGGGCGGGACAGCCCCCUUCACUCGCCCCCGUCGGAACAUUACACCAUCGUCUUCAACACCUUCGUGAUGAUGCAGCUCUUCAACGAGAUCAACGCCCGCAAAAUCCACGGGGAACGCAACGUGUUUGAGGCGAUCUUCCGAAACCCGAUUUUCUGCAGCAUUGUGGUGGGAACGUUUCUCAUCCAGAUCGUCAUUGUGGAGCUUGGUGGGAAGCCCUUCAGCUGCACGGGACUAACUCUGCACCAGUGGCUGUGGUGCGUCUUCAUUGGAGUCGGAGAGCUAUUGUGGGGACAGCUGAUCUCCUCGAUCCCCACCAGCCGUCUGAAGUUCCUGAAGGAGGCCGGUCACGGCACGACCAAGGACGACAUUCCGGAGGGCGAGCUGAUGGAGGACAACGAUGAGAUUGACCACGCCGAGAUGGAGCUGCGACGGGGGCAGAUCCUCUGGUUCAGAGGCCUGAAUAGAAUCCAGACUCAGAUGGGCGUUGUCAACACCUUCCAAGGUGGACCCUCGUUACAGGGAGUGCUGCGCCGUCAGCCCUCUAUAGUCAGCCAGCAUCAUGAUGUAAAAACACUUUCUACCCCAACCCAUAUCAAAGUGGUGAAUGCGUUCCGUAGCUCGCUGUACGAGGGCAUCGAGAAGCCAGAGUCGCGUAGUUCCAUCCACAACUUCAUGACCCACCCAGGAUUCGAAAUGGACGACGACGAGCCUCGCAUCCCGCUCAUCGACGAGACCGACGUGGAGAUCAACAACGGACUGGCCAACUGCGGGAGCCCCCCCAGCCCCUCCCCCUCGCCCAACCAGAACAACAAUGCUGUCGACAGCGGCGUCUCCCUGCCCCUCUCAGACGCUCACCGGCUCGCCUCUUCUCCGCCCGGGAGCCCCCUGCACAGCCUGGAGACGUCCGUCUGACCAUUGAACACCCCCCCCUCUCGCUCGCCCCCCACACCCCCUGG